AUGUUGUCAAUUCUCCGGAAAGCCCGGCUGAAGGAUAAGGAGAUGAGGAUCCUGAUGCUGGGCCUGGACAACGCAGGCAAGACGACGAUUGUGAAGAAGAUCAUGGGAGAGGACGUCAACACGGUGAGCCCCACGCUGGGAUUCAUCAUCAAAACGAUAGAUUACGACGGAUACAAACUCAACAUCUGGGAUGUCGGAGGGCAGAAGACGCUGCGGUCAUACUGGCGCAACUAUUUUGAAAAGACCGAUGCCCUCAUCUGGGUUGUCGAUGCCACGGACCGACUGAGGAUUGAAGAUUGCCGAGAGGAGCUUCACGGUCUUCUACAGGAAGAGCGCCUUUCCGGAGCGAGCCUCCUAGUCUUUGCGAACAAGACUGAUGUCAGCGGGUGCAUGGACGAACAAGAAAUUCUUGAGGGGUUGCCAUCAGUAGCCAUGGACGACGUUUCCAAGUUUUUGCAGGACGUCAAGGAGAUGAACGCGCGACGCACAGAGGAGGAUGAUGCGCGACAGAGAGAGCUUGACGAGAAGAUCCAGCAAGAGAAACGAGAACGCCAGGCUCGCCGCGCCGAACGCGCACGAUCCAUCUCUCCCCAAAAGUCAUCUCCCGCCAAUACCCCACCACCCUCUUCGCAUCGCAACAGCACCACCUCACGACUCGCUGACGGGCCCCGUUUGACUCCUGCAACCGAAACCACAGGCAGUCCGCAAUCGCGUGCAGCCGUCACCUCGGCCGAGCUUGAAACCUCCACAGCUCCAGACGCUGCAGCCCAGGAGAACGCCUCGCCCGCCGAAAUCAACGAGCAAAAUUCCGGCAUGAACUCUCCUUCCUCACCCUCCGGUGUUGGCGGCCCGCGGCCGCUAUCAUGGCAGAGGCGCCCGAACUCGCAGGCCGGGGAAAAGCCCAAGACGAGGCCGCUGUCCAUGUUCGCUGCCCAGAACGCCGCCAGAACAUCCUCCACGGCCCCAUCCGAGCAAGCACCCGCUUCAGCGACUGAGCAGACUUUUACCAAGGACCAGAUUGCCCAGGCUCUUGGUUCCAAGGAUCCGACAUGGUUCCGACAGACGGCCGACCGCGGUCUCGGCUCUGCCGCCUACCGUAAAAACCAGGUUGAGGAUCAGGAGACGCUCGACAUGUCUUCCCUGCGCGCACAGCUGCCAGGUAUGGAACGCAAGACCUCUGCCGGCGAGUCGCAGGCGCCGCCGCCGCAGCCCAGAUUCCAUGACACUCUAGCCGACGAGCAUGCGACUGCCUCCCCUCUUCGCCUCUCCAGCGCCCAACGACUGGAUCCGCCUGCCGAGGUAUCUCCCGAAGAGGAACUUGCGCCAGGGCGCCGAGCAUCUGCCAUGGUCACAGGCUCCGGACGGUCUUCGCCCACGAGGCCUGCAUCGCCGACGAAGGGCAUGGGAGGCUUUGUACAGAGUGCCAUGAUGAAGAGAUCCGACAGUGUCAAGAGAUGGAGCGUGACUUCGCCCCCAGGCCUUGCUCGCGUCGACACCGUGGCGUCCCACCGAACCGGCGAGCGUUCCGCCCACUCACGAUCCAGGUCGCGUCCGACAAGCAUGUUCCGUGAACGCUCAAACACUACCCACGAGACGUCCCCGACCCGAUCGCCUUCACGAUCUGAAGCGCUAGAGAGCGAAGCCAACCAAAGCGAGACGCCAAAAGUCAAGACUGUAGAGCCCUCCCCCAUAGUUCCACCCAUCGACACAGAUGUCAAGGAGCAAGAGGAAGUGACGCCGCCCUCAAGCCCGUCCAAGACGAUGGACCCCCGGCGAUGGAGCCCGACAAAAGCUAGCUGGCUUGAGACAGCCCUGAACAAGCCUGAAUCACCAAAACCGAAGCCUUCGCCAGCUGCCGCAAACCAGCCUGCAUGGAUGGUCGAGCUGAAUAAGGCCAAAGCGCAAAAGUCUGGCAACCCGAAUGCUGAAGCGGGAAGGAGCGGCUCCAUCUCAUCCAAGCACGCGGUCAACAUUGGUGGGCUUAUGCGGUCUACGCCAAUGGGGUCUGCGGUGAAGCCUUCAACAACUGGUCUCGGAGGCAUAUACUCUCCACCAACACCCACCGCCCGUUCAGGAUUUGCGGCUGUUGGAGCCGGCAGUCUUCGCGGCAAUUUACACAAGCCGAACCUGAGUAGCGACAAGACGGAGCCAGAGACAAGUCCCGUGGAAGGUGAAGUACCCACCCGCUCCUCUGUCAUCAGCCCAUCCUCGGUGACAGGCAAAUCGCGACCCGCCACACCACCGAAGAAGGAUUUUCGCGCGAACCUCAAGCCGCGACAAGCAUCGGGAGAUGCCAGUGCUCAAGUCGAAUCGAAUAACGAAUUGAAGAACGUGUUCGGCAAUCUACGACGAACCAAGACACAAAACUAUGUCGCCCCAGAUGAAUUGAAGGGCAAUAUCCUGCGCGGUAAAGCAGCCCUCAAUGCCACUGGUGGACCGAAGCCGAGUGAGCGCAAGGAUGAAUUCAAGGAUGCCAUUUUGAAAAAGAAGGAAGACUUCAAGAGGGCCCAAGACGAAGGCAAGGGUGUCGAACAUGGUUCUGCGCCGCCCAUCGAGGAACCGAUCCCCGAGGGUAUCGCCAGGCGCAGAGCGCUCAGUAGGUCCACGCCUGGGAAAGCCGAUACCACGUCGGGCUAUGGCAUAGAAUCAUCGUUGAAUAAGUCGGCGAAUGAACCGAGGCCAUUGAGUUCUUUGUCAAAGAGGGACUCCGCUGAGUCUAUGUCGACGACAAAGACGGCUGCUGAACCUGUCAUGCCUGAGCUACACAAGGAGACCAGCGCUCCCGCGCGUCUCCAGAACCGCCCUAGUGCUGGCGGUCUCGCGGGACGCUUCAACCAAAACCUGGCGGGUCUCUUAGCCCGCGGCCCUCCACCUAUGGCUGCGAACAGCAGCAAGAACGCCGACGACUCUGACUCCGGCACACCCUCUGCACCUAUUGCAGAGCCCUCAGCACCUGGGCCUCAGCUCACGCACAUGACUAAGGGUCGUGCUCGUGGACCCAAGAGGAAGGCGCCGACGUCUGCGCAGCCACCGGCCGCGGCAAAGACCGUGGAGCCGGCCUCUAAGGAGAGCAUCCCGUUCAAGCCGGCAGUGACACCCAAGAAGACGGCCCCGGCGGUUGAGGCAACUCAGAGUCCCCGCUCGCCCCCAAUGCCCAGCUCACCAUCAUCCUCGUUGCCCCAGACUAUCCAGGCCCAGGUCGCCGCGAAGGCCGCCAUCAAGAACAAGCCCUCUCCUGCGCAGCCUCCUCAGAAGCAAACACCAACAGAGGACCCAUUAGUUGCCGACAUGUCUCAAAAGUCACCGUCACCGCCCGUGACUAAGGCGAAGCCUGUGGCAACGACCCCCUUUGCCAGCCUGCGUCGCACGCCGUCCCCGACAAAGCAGAUGGAGGAAGAGCCGGUUGCAGCCCCGGCCUCUUCACCACGCAAACUGGACAUGAAGCGAAUGUCGAGAUUCUUUGAUGAUCCAAAUGCCCCAAAGCCUGCUACCGAGAGCUCGAAGCACGAAGUGGCCAGGCCGGAAAGUAUUAGCAGGCAGCUGCCCAAGCUUGAAAGCCCAAGCAGGGAGCUUCCCAACCCUUCAACCCCGCCACGCGACCUCCCAAAGCCGCUCAGCAUCGGCCAAACAUCCAGGCCUCAGAGCCCCCGGGAACUUCCCCGACCUCAAAGCAUCAACAGAGAGCUGCCGAAGCCCGAAAGCCCACGAGAUCUGCCGCGCCCUCUCAGUAUCAACAAGCCAGAGAGUCCUCUGAAGGGGCAGUUCCGCAAGGAGAGCCAGCCAGGUACGCCCCUUCGCUCGCCUGUAAAACAGGCUAACGAGGUGACGACAAUGCUCGAUGAGUUCUUCGGCACAUCCCGGCCCCAGCGUGAAUACCGCAUCGAUACUGCCGAUAUCUUGAUGAACAGGCCCCAAGUUCCUAGGGUCCGCACUGCAGGAGCCCAGCUUUUCCAGCUGUUUGGGGAUGGCAAGAAAAUGCCUGUUCCCAUGCACAACGAACGUGUCCUCUUUGAGCAAGAGAUGUACAUAUGCCCCCAUGAGUUCACCGAUAGUGCCGGCAAGAAGGCCUUCGAAGUUUACUUCUGGGCAGGUGAUGAAGUGCCGGCUUCUACCCUCGAAGACGCGCAGCUCUUUGCAAGCCGCGAGGCAAGGGCACUGGGAGGUAAACUCGUCAAACUCCAGCAGGGCAAGGAGACGGCCGAAUUCCUCCAAGCCUUGGGCGGCAUUGUGAUAACGCGCCGUGGCUCAAGCAACAAGUUCGACAUGCUGGCGCCGAGCAUCCUUUGCGGUCGCCGCCACCUUGGCCAGGUGGCUUUUGACGAGGUCGACUUUGCACCCGCGAACCUCUGCGCAGGCUUCGCGUACCUCAUUACGCAACAGGGCAAAUGCUACCUCUGGAAGGGCAAAGGCAGCAACGUCGAUGAGCUCAGCUGCGCUCGUCUGAUAGGUAUGGACUUGACGUUGACAGGAGAGCUGAUCGAGGUGGACGAUGGCGGUGAGCCGGCCACUUUCUGGGAUGUGUUCGGCGGCAGCGGCAGUGGUGCGAAGCCCCACUCGGCGGACCACUGGCGGCUGAAGCCAAAUUACGAAAAGUACUGCGGUCGUCUAUUUUGCUCCGACGCCGCGUCCAGGCAACAGAUCUUCGAAAUCUGCCCGUUUAGCCAGGCGGACCUUACGCCGAGCUCUGUCUACAUCUUGGACGCCUUCUUCGAGAUGUACAUCAUUGUCGGCCGCGCCGCGCAGGCCGAGUACCUCUCCUUCCGCAACGCCCUCGAUUUUGCGCAGGAGUACGCCAUCCUCGCCUCGGGCAUGGAAGACCGCCCCUUUGUGCCCAUCUCGACCGUCGUCCUCGAGGGCAUCCCGCGCGACCUGAAGAGGGUCUUCCGCAAGUGGACCGACGAGGGAAGCCCGACCGUCAUGCCGCAGGCAGGCCUGAAGAGGGGCCGAAGCCUGAGGAUCGUGCCGCUCACGCAGGCGCUGCAGGCGCUGAGCGAGUGA